AUAAGCUGCUGGUUGAUGGCCGAAGAGUGAAUAAAAAGUGUAUUUUGAAAAAAAUAUAAAAAAUCGUAUUAAAAAAAUUAAAAAAAAAAUUUUUAAAUAUUUUAUCAAUUGUAUAAAAGUUUAAUAAUGUAAAGACUAAAUAAAUUUUAUAAAAAAACUUAUUAAAUAAUAAAGAAAAAUACAAAUUUUUAAAUUUGUAUAUGAAAGAACAUUGAAUAAAAUUUUGCAUAUUUUAUAAUUCGUAUUUUCUUGUAAACUUUACCAAAAAGGUAAUUUUUUGGUUUCGUGGUAUUUGUCGAAAAAAACAACCACAAGAAGAAAAAAAAAUUAUUGAAAAUAAGGAAUAAAAUAUUGAAAAAUUAUAAAAAUGAAUAAAAAAUUAUAUUAAAGGAUUUUUUUCAUCAUUCAACAACAACAUUAUUUUUCUGGAUGGAAGCAUAAAAUUACAUGCAUGAAACAAGUAAAAUAUCAAAUCAAUUUGGAUUAAUUCUUCAAUUAUAUUGCUACAUUUGAAAAUAUUAUACAAUCAAUUCAAAAAUUAAUAUAAAAUUAUAAGAGAGGAAAAAUCAACAAAUCAAAUAUUUAAAGAUUAUUAUGGAAAAGGCGAAAGCCUACAUAAAAAAUGAAUUACGCGGGGGCCCAUUAACUCAACAACAACAACAACAGCUAUAUCAUCAGCAACAACAACACCAACAACUACAGCAACAUCGUCUACAGCAAAUUAGUUAUCAACAAAAUCAAGAAAAUUCAAGAUCAGCAAAUUCAACUCCAGGACAAACACCGCUUUCCAUUGAACAACAACAACACCAACAGCAAUUACAUCAAAGUUAUUUAUAUCAUAACAAUGCAAUGCAACAACAGCAAAUGCAACAUCAUACAUCAGAAAAUAGUGCAUAUAAGCCAAACCAUCAUAUGUCAUCACCGGUUGGCUAUCCCUCACAACAAUUGCAUCACCCACAUCAACAACAGCAGCAAUCACAAAGUUCAUUAAUAUCAUCCCAGCAGCAGCAACAACAGCAACAUCAUCAAUCGCAACCACAACAGCAACAUCAACAGCCACAUCAUAUUCAACAUAGUAUGAGAACAUCACCACCACAACAACAAACGCAUCAACAAUAUCAACAACAAGAUGCUGCACGUUGUUAUGUUUGUGGUGGUCCCAAAGGUUAUGAACCAAUUCGUGUACGACCAAAUCCGGAACGUCCAAAAGAACCUUUUUUUCCUUUCAUUGAACGUCAUGAACCACCAGCAGGUGUUCCACAACUUCCUCCAAAUCAUCAUUACGUAAUGGUUUGUACACUGUGUUAUAUGAUGUUAAAUGAACAAUGGGAUGCUUAUGAGCGUGAUGGGAAACCACAUAUUCAAAGAAUUUACCAUAUGAAACGUAUGGAUGGAAAGCCUUUUAUUGGUGCUGAUAUGACAACACAAGGUGAAUACGCCGCUCAAAUGUUAGGUUUGUCAGCGGAACAUUUAACGCAACAGAGUGGCGGUGGCAGUCACAUUAAUUAUAAUGCGUUUUCUCAAUAUCCAGUUACACCGCAACCUGGGCCUCCGCCACCUCAAAGACCUACUUCGAGAGACUAUUACCAGCAACAACAACAGACAAUACGUAAUGAAUCACCAUUACGCCCAACAUCAAGAAAUGAAUCCCCACACGGAAAAUUAGAUUAUUAUAAUUCACUUAAAAGUGGGCAACCUCAACAUCCUUCGCAAGGAUACUCAAAUUCAAGACCAUCAAGUCGAAAUAAUAACAACAACAAUAAUGGCAUUGAUCCAAAUAUUAGUAAUAAGUCUCAAAGUCGCCCACAAUCAAGAGAUCAUCAAUCACCACAAAAUGUUCUGCCAGCGCCACAGCAAAGUCCUUCUCCACAUCAUCUUCAACACCAACAAGCACAAUUACAGCAGCAACAACAACAAUUGCAACAGCAAUUGCAUCAGCAACAACAACAACAACGUGUUGUAAAUUCUUAUGAUGGAUUAAAUAUAAAAUCGUCAUUUGCUCAUCAUAAAUUAAAAUUAGGACAACUUCCUUAUAUGAAUUCAUCUGUAUCGCCGGCAGCAAACAAUAAUAAUAACAAUAAUAGUAAUAAUCCUUCUAGUAUGCAACAACCAUCUUCACUUACUGAACAGUCAAAUUAUCAAAAUCAAUCUUUAAAUAAUAAAUAUCAACAGCCACAACAGCAAACACAGCAACAUCAUUCUCAACAACAACAAUUACAACAUUCACAACAAUCACACUCUUAUUAUGGAAAUCAAAUGGUGUCACCGGCUCCUGCACCAGUAACUACUGGUACUACUUCAAAUCAAACAGCACCAUUAGUAACUAGUCCACCAGAAGAUGAGGGUGUUCUUGAUUUGAGAAAUUCAUCACAACACUCUUCACCAAGAUUAUUACAACAUCCAACAUUUCAAGCACAACCACAACCUCCAAAUCCAUUAGCGACUGCUCCACAAAUUGAUGUUGGUAUUUUAGAUUUAUCAAUGCCAGAUAAAAAUGCUACAACAGAAGUAUGUUAUGUUUGUGGUGAAGAACAACGUCGUGGCAGUUUAAUUGAAAUUGGUACAACAGAACCAAAGGAUAAAAAAAGUUUGCAAGCAAAUCGUCCUUAUUUUCCAAUAUUUAUGGAGCCACAUCCUAGACCACCACGUUCAAGACCAAUUGAUCCACGCGGUAUGAUACAAUCUUGUCAAUUAUGUUAUGAUCAUUUAGUUCAACAAUGGAAUACUUAUCAGGCAAAUCAAACACCUCAAAAUGCUCGAAAUUAUACGUUAAGAAAGCGUCCACCACCAGCUGUUACAGAACGUUCAAGUAUGACAUUUGUUUGUUAUAUAUGUGGUAUGGAUACAAUAUCAUCACAAUUACGUAUGGUAUAUUGUUGUCCGAAUGCUGAACGUGAACCGUAUUAUCCGUUUAUAAAAAGUCUAAAACCAUUUCCAAAUGCUAGUCCAAUUACACAGGGCAUGGUGCAAAUAUGUUCCUCGUGCAAAGAAAAGCACUCGAAUUCGGCUGAAGGUGGUAAUCCAAAUAGUAAUAUAGAUGGCCUAAAUAAUAAUAAUAGUAUUGGUUUAAUAAAUUCAAAUACAGGUGGUAGUAGUGUUACACCCAGUGUUGGUGGUGGUGGUAGUACAUCACAUCAUGGUGGUAAUGGUGUUAUCAAUAGUACAGGUGGUGUUAGUAGUAAUCCAGGUGGUGUUAUAGGUCCUCCAACAACUGCUGGUACUGGUGGAGGUGGAGGACCUGGUGGUGGUGGUACAGGCGGUGGAACUGGUGGUGGACGUUAUACACCAUCGGAUAAAUCACAAGCAAAUUCAGAUUCAAUGAGUAAUGUAAGAUUUAAGCCUUAUGAAACAAAUAAUUCCAAUUCAUCAUCAUCAGUACGUGAUUUAAAAACUUAUAGACGUGAUUCUAGGCCAAAUACACCACCAUCAUCUAUAUCAUCCUCGCAACAGCAAAUACAAGGACCAGUUGAGAAUGGACAUGGACAAUAUCCGUGUCAUAUCUGUAAAACAUUAUGUCCUGUUAAUAAAAUGGAAUGGUUAUCUGUUGAUGUUGAACAUAUGAAUUCACAUGCGAUGCAUUUUCCAUUUUUAAAAAGUAAUAAUGAUUCCUCAAAUCGUGUCCUAGCGUGUAAGGAUUGUGUUAAAAAUUUAUCACAACAAUGGGAGACUAUGGAUGCACAACGAAUACCAUUAGAGCAUAGAAUAUACGACAUUCCAUCACCAAGUUCAAUAAAUGGUUCAAAUCGUCAUGGAAUAGGUGGUAUUAUAAAUACACCACCAUCAACACCAUCAGUUUCAUCAUCAACACCAGCAACUAGUACAUCAAUAUAUUGUUUCCUAUGUAAUCUUCAUUCUGAUUUCACUUUAGCUAGAAUAUUAUAUGCAAGUAAAGAGGGAAGUCGACCAUAUUUUCCGUUUUUACUGCAACAUGAAUCACCACCGAAUGCUGAACAAUUACGUCCAGAUAAAUCAGCGCUUGUUUGUACAUUUUGUUAUCAUGCACUUUUAAAUCAAUGGCGAAAAUAUGAAGCACAAACACCAUAUAUAAAUCCAGCUGAAAGAACUUAUAAUUGGCAUGAUUAUUCAUGUCAUUUAUGUCGAAUAACAACAUAUAGAAAAAGAGUUCGUGCACUGCCAGUUAGUGAAUUUCCAUUUGUUAAACAACGAAUUAGUGAUGAUGGUUUAUUAUUAGAGAAUGGAGAAUAUGCAGUUGUUUGUUUAGACUGUUAUGAAACUUUAAGACAACAAGCGUCACAAUAUGACCGUGUUGGUGUUCCUAUAUCAAAACGAGGCUAUAAUUGGGUACCACAACCGCCACCACCUGAAGAUAGUCCAGAUGUUUCGGUAGCUAGAUUACCAUGUGGAGAAAGAUCUGAUAAAAUUCAAAUUAAUUCAUCGCUUAGACCAAUACCAAAUAAAAAAAAUAGUUCACCAAAACAAUUUUCAAAUGAUAAAUUAAGAGACAAUGGUAAGUUUGAUUCAAAAUUUUCUUCAAUUACAAUAUUUUUUGUUGGUAAGGAAUUUUAAUUAUAGUUUUUUAAUUAUAAAAUUAACUAUAAUUUC